AUGCCUCUAGCUUCAAAACAAAAAAGAAAAAUCAAAAAUCAAUCAAGAGAAUUAGAUGGAAAGUUUGGUUCAAAAAAAUCAAAAAUAGAAGUUAACUCUGGUGUUGAAAUUGAUUUGAAUUUAUUAAAAGAUGUUGAGGCAAGCAAUUUUCAAACAUUUAUGGAAGAAAUUGAGCUGCAAGAAGAUUUAGAACAAGAGAAAAAAUGUAGCGAUAGACUAAUUAGUUCAAAACUUUAA